GCCGUUGUUAGCGGGGAAGGGCAGCAGUGCACAAGAUGGAGCCUGCUGUCCGGGCUGGGGAAUCGGAGACAGCUUCACGGGAGACGGCGAGAACCAUGAGGCGGCUUCCUGCGAGAAUGUCAUUGUGAAUAUAGCAGCCAGUGACUAGGUAAGAAGUUAGGAAAGUUCUGUCCGCCUACGUCAACUCAAGCUGGGCCGAUGCCGGGCCAGCCCGCGGCCCACCAGUUUCAUUGCCGCAUCUCCUGACGCCUUGAGCUCAAUCACACUUCCACAUUUACCGACAGUGCAGCGUCGGGAAGAUGUCUUCGGUAAAUCGCUCCAGCACGGUGCCGCCACCUUUAUCGUCUUCUUUCCCACGAUCGGAUUCUUUCAUUCGCCCGCGACAACCCAGCCUCAACGUAGAUCGCGACAUUCUAUCCACACGUGGUCAACGCCUCGGAGGCUUAAUCCGCCGUCGUUCUCUCAGCAUCCAGAGUACCGAUGGCUUUGACGAGAAUGGUCGUCUCGAGGAAUCUUUCCCUCAGGAUUGCGGGGAGAGGCCUCCGGCCUUCGAACGCGCCAGGCGGCUCAUCGGCGACAACAGGCCCAUUUAUAGCUGGCAACGGUACUAUCAAGACCCGGCUACGCUGAAGAAGAUGCCAAAGUCCAUGCGUGAGUAUUACGAGCGCAACAAUGAUCUCAUAUCACAAUACGUAUACAUCGACCGACUGCUGGAUUCAUCCCUCCCCCAUCGCUUGAUCGUGGAUUAUCACAACAACCAACCAGCGGAGUCUCCAGCUGCGCCCAACGGCCAAACAAACAACACAGCCUCCUACGGCACUGGGGAUACCCAAGCACCAGGUAAAAUCAAAAGAACCCCGCGGAAUCUCUAUCGAAUCCCAAGCGAGAGCUCUCCCCUCUUGCCCCCGACAAUCGAAGAACGGACCCCAUCUCCGCCAGAGAUCAUGCCGACAGACGACGACUUUGUCGACAGUGGCGACCGCAUAGUCACCGUCGCAAUUUACGUUAACUUCGUCGCCAACGUCCUCCUACUAGCUGCAAAGAUCGUCGCCAUGACCAUGACAAGCUCCCUCUCCGUACUCGCCAGCUUAGUCGACGGAGCUCUAGACUUCCUCAGCACAGCCAUCGUCUGGACCACAACCACCCUCAUCCGCCGACAAGAUCGCUCCCGAUACCCCAUCAGUCGCCACCGACUCGAACCACUCAGCAUUCUAGUCUUCGCCGUCGUAAUGGUAACAUCCUUCAUCCAAGUCGCCAUCACAUCUGUCACCCGACUCCUCUCCCCCGAUCACUCCGUCGUCGAGCUCUCCAUCCCCUCCACCGCAGUCAUGGCCAGCACCGUCAUCGUCAAACUCGCCUGCUGGUUCUGGUGUCGUCUGAUCAAGAACUCAAGCAUCCAAGCCCUCGCCCAAGACGCCAUGACCGACGUCAUCUUCAACCUCUUCAGCAUCCUCUUCCCCCUAAGUAACCCCUCCCCUUCCCUCCCCUCCUCAACCAACCUAACCAACCCAGUCGGCUCCCUAACCCGCACCUGGACCAUCGACCCCCUCGGCGGCCUCCUCCUCUCCCUCUACAUAAUCUACAACUGGAGCGCCACAGCAAGCGAACACAUCGGCCACCUAACCGGCGCCGCGGCCUCUCCCAAAGACCACAGUCUCCUGCUGUACAUGAUCAUGCGGUUCUCCAAAGCCAUUCUCAAAAUCCAAGACCUAAAAGCCUACUAUGCCGGCGACCGUCUCAACGUCGAAGUAGAUAUUGUCCUUGACCCUAAGACAAGACUACAGGAUAGUCACGAUGUCGGCGAAAGUCUGCAAUAUAUGGUGGAAAGUGUUCCCACGGUCGAUAGGGCGUUCGUGCAUAUCGAUUAUGAUCCGUGGAAUAUUCCGAGUCAUAUGAGUCAGGUUGAGGGGUGAUGUUCAUACUACUAUGUAUAAGGAUGGUGUUCUUGGUGGGGGAAGCUUGGAUUAGCUUAGCUUAGCUUAGCUUAGCUUAGAUGAGUUUGGACAGUGAUGUGAGUCUGGAUGCUGUAGAGGACAGUUUGUAUGACUCGUUGCUAAUGUAAUAGCUAUGAUACUAGUAAUUUGACGAACUAUGGCCAAUU